AUGGCCUUUGAGUUGGAAGGCGUUGAGCUGGGAGCAGAUGGAAAGGUCGUGUCCUAUGCAAACUUCUUGUACUCCACUAAUGCCCUGGUUAUACACAAGAAUGACAGCCAUGGGAAAUGGACACCCAGUGAGGACACGGGAAUCGAGAAUACAACACUUUUGGUACAGUUUGUUCUCACAGGACUUGUUCAUCUGCCACAGUGGAAAAUCCCCCUGUUCCUGCUGUUCUUGGUCAUUUAUCUCAUCACCAUUGUGGGGAACCUUGGUCUGAUCACUCUCAUCUGGAAUGACCCUCACCUUCACAUUCCUAUGUACUUAUUUCUUGGGAGUUUAGCUUUGGUGGAUACUUGGUUAUCCUCCACAGUGACACCAAGGAUGAUACUAGACUUUUUUUCCAAGAGCAAACUAAUCUCUUUCUCUGAAUGCAUGAUACAGUUUUUCUCAUUUGUAGUGAGUGCAACUACAGAAUGUUUUCUCUUGGCAUCAAUGGCCUACGAUCGCUAUGCAGCCAUAUGCAAGCCUUUACUCUACCCAGUGAUCAUGACAAAUAGACUCUGUGUACGUCUGUUAAUAUUGUCCUUUGUAGCUGGAUUUAUUCAUGCUUUCAUUCAUGAAGGAUUUUUAUUCAGACUAAUCUUCUGUAAAUCUAACAUAAUAUAUCACUUUUAUUGUGAUGUUAUGCCACUGUUAAAGAUUUCCUGUAAUGACCCUUCUCUCAAUUACUUAAUGCUUUUCAUUUUCUCUGGCUCAAUUCAGGUAUUCACUAUUACAACUAUUCUUGUAUCUUAUACACUUGUUCUCUUUUCCAUCUUAAAGCAGAAAUCUAUCAAAGGCAUAAAGAAAGCCUUUUCUACCUGUGGCGCCCAUCUCCUGUCUGUGUCUUUGUACUAUGGCCCUCUUCUUUUCAUGUACGUGCGCCCUGCAUCUCCACAAGUGGAUGAUCAAGACAUGCUGGACUCUGUAUUUUACACUGUUGUGAUUCCUGUACUGAAUCCAAUUAUCUACAGUUUGAGAAAUAAACAGGUAAAAAAUUCACUGGCAAAAUUCUUAAAGAGAAACACUUAG